AUCACUGCGAGGAAUCACAUGAUCAAAAUAAUCUCUAAACCAAAAUAAAUUUAUGAAUAAUGUCGGAUAAUAUUGAAGAAUCUUUUGCUGUAAAUCUAAGAUACAGCCUAUCAUACACCAACAUACAUGUAUCUAAAAACUACAUAGAUUUCAAUCACAAGCACCUUCUGGUUAUCUGGAACAUUUCAAGAAACUGAUACUUCUUAUUUUCCUUAGUGUUUGUAAUUACAGGAUAUCUAUCAUUAUUGUCAACUCCAUGAUAAUUUAACAAUUUUCAUUAGUCAUAUGAUAGGCUAUGUUUAAAUUUCAUAUCUUAUCAUGACAGGAAAUUUAUUCAUGUUCUUCAAAAUACAACUUUGGUUUAGAGAUUAUUUUGAUCAUGUGAUUCCCCACAGUGAAAAUGGAUUAUGAAAAAAGAUGGCGAUAAGGUAGUAUUACUGAGAUAUGGAGAAAAGAAACAAUUAUGUCAGAAUAUAGUUACAUCGAACCUAUGUGCGACUGUCACCAGGAUGAAGUUGCACUAGUACUCUGCCGUCACCAUAAGGAAUUGCUCUGCCUAAGCUGUGUGUUGGGAAGAGAGAAAUCACCAGAAUGUUCGAUCAUUGAAAUCCGAAAAGUUUCUGAAGAGAACGAUAUUCUGAUGUUAGAAUGUUUAGUUGCUAGACAAAUGACAGUAAAGAAGAAACGAUUAAUAGACUAUCAUGAAAGGAAAACAGAAACUGUAAAGACUAAUUUGGAAGAACAAGUAAUAGAGAUGCAUAGUAAGCUAACAAAGCGGCUCGACGAAAUGAAAGAUACUUGUCUUAAAUCAAUCGAAACACAAGCUAAAGCAGUCAUAAAAACAAACAAGAAUAACAAGCAACGAAUAGUUAUAGUCGAAACCAAAGUAAAUGAAUACCUCGACAAACUGUCGGUUAGCUCACCAGACGACAUCAUUUGUAUUCAACCGAACUUAAUAAAGAUGAAAACAGAAUUAGUGCAGAACAUUCCAGAUAAAGAAUCCAUGCCUGAAGGUCACUUUAAACCAAAUAGUUUCUUUGGCGAUUUCAUUUUACAAGAAGAUACUUCUCUUGGACGCGUAUACUUGACUGAUACCGAACAUUAUGAUAUGAUUGAUGAUUUGCCUGAAAAUAAAGUUGAGAUGCGAUCACAAGAGACACUGCCUAUCCAACAUUUAAACAAAAGUGAAGUUAGUUCGAAAGAAGAGGACAAAGAAUCUGUCGUUACACGUCAAAAACUUUUAGCGGCGGUGUAUACAUCAUCAGAUGAAAUAGUAUAUGGUAUUAAAAACGAAACUCGAAUUCCUGCUCAAAGCGGCGAAAAUACUGGUGAAAGUACGCAAGCCGACAAAAAAUCAUUGGAAGAAAAAAAGUCGGGCAGAAUAUUUGGAGGACUACGUAGAUGGUUUUCGUCAGAUAUAAAGAGAUCAGAUAAAUCGGACGGAAAGGAACCUGAGAGAGGUAUUAACAACUUGAAGACGGGUAGUCUAUGUGAAAGUAAAUCCAGAAGCACUGAACAUGUAUAUGAUGUUAAAACGUUUGCUCCGUCAAGUUACGUGCAUCCUAAAUAUCUGAUAAACAAAACAGUAGUGCUAUCAAAACUCGAACAGCAGUUCAGCUCUGCAUGUAAGUUUUCCAAACUUGUUUAUCUUGGAGAUGGAUUCAUAGGGUUGCUGUCGAAAGCUCAUAAUUCUUUUGUGAUGGCAGAUUUACUCGGAAACGUUUACAAAACGAAAACAAUGAUAGGUGGAUUGGAAGGUGCUGUUGCAACUGGAAAAACUGAGGUUGCUCUUCUCGUUGAAAAUGGACAUCAGAUUUGUAAGUUUGAUGUAAGCUUUGUCGGAUUUUCAACGACGGAAUACUUCAUGGUACAUGAAGAAAUCCCAAAUAUAACUGGAUUCGAUUUCGAUGAAGCGUCGUCGCAAUUUGCCAUAAGCUCACCAAAUAAACUAGUCAUUCUUGACAAAAGUGGAAGAAAGAUGAAGUCCGUACAGUAUAGCUCCGUCCAGUCGCCUUUGACUCAAAUGACAACAACGUAUGAUUUCAAAAGAGAUUGCCUUUACAUAAUGAACAUGCAAAAUAAAACUUUAAAAUGCUUCUCUUUUAAAACGUCUGAUGCACUUUGGAGAUGUAAAUACGAAGACAGGUCGUUCAUUCCGAGGAACAUGUGUCUGUACAAAGACACGAUUUGCAUUGCGUGUAGGGAUGAGAUCGCCCUCUUGUUAGCUGAUGACGGUUCACUGGCUGCAAAGCAUGACACUAAAAGGCUUUUGUGCGAUUGUCUCGGAGUGUACGUUAUUGAUGACGUAAUUGUUUUUACAUCAAAUUCAGAUGACUUCAAGGAAUCAACGAAACUCGCAUAUGUCAGCAUUUGAAGAAUAUACACGUGCAAUGACGCUUCAACUGAUGCAAGAAAUUUUGUAUCCGAGGCAUAUCUACUGUAUUGCUUUUUCUGAAAAGCACAAAGUUGAAGGUCUUAUAUUUUCCAGUAAAAAUACUUUUAGCACUGAUUCAAUGCUGAAUUGUAAUUUAAGUGUGUUUAUGUUGUAGAAUUAUUCAUUCUUGUGUGAACGCUUAGUCGAUGCAUUUUCUUUCAUUACUGAUUCAACGCUGAAUGAAUGUUCACCUUUGAUAGAUUGUAAAUAUGAAUGCAUUUUAGUGCAAUUUCACUUAAUAAGCCUGUACAAGUACGUUUUCAGAAAGGUUAACGAAUCAGUGUAAUAAGUCCAUUUAAAAUCAAUGCAAAAUUUUGCAAGAACUGAUCUAUUUUGUGUCAUGAUGAAUCUUGCUAAUUUCAAUGUUGUUUGGUGUUCAAGUUAAACUUUUUGAUGGCAAUAUGACGAAUCCAUAUAAGUUAAAUAAUAGAGUCACGUAUAAAUAAACGAAAAUGUAUGUAUGCACAAAUAAAAACAACUGAAGAACGUAAAAGAAAUACAAUUAUAUAUAUUACGCCUCCAUAUAAAAAGUACUGCUGGGUUUCCUUUUAGAAAUAUCUAGCAAUAUUUCAAUGUGUUGUCAUUUAAUGUUUUAUUUGGGUCACUUAAAGCCUGAACUGCAAGUGUAUUUAUGAAUAAACAGCCGUCCUUA